GUGUGAGUAUGUGUGUGUGUGUGUGUGUGUGUAUGUGCAGCAGCUGUUCAUGGCAUUUAUGAAUUUAUUGGUGUCGGAGUCAAGGUUGUUGUAAUUACUCUCUAUUAGCAACUAUUUUAAUCCUAAUUCUUAUUUCGUAUUCGUAUUUUGUUAUUAAUACGUAAUUAAGCUUACAACUUUUAUGCAACCUUUAUAUUUAUAUAUGACUAAAAUAUACCAUUUUGUUAUUGUUAUUAUUAUGUAAACAAACCAAAACCAAACCAAAAACAAAAGAAAGCAAAAAAAAAAAUGAAAAAGUCUCGACCUCGACCUAGACUUGAACCGCAUCGCGACCUCGACUUUGACAUACAUACUUACAUCAGGACUGAUGUUACAAUAAACCAAUAGACGCGACAGUUUUAGAGUUAUUAGAGUUGUUCCAACGCGCCCAACAGGGUAUGUGUGUGUCCCACUCCUUUAACUCCUUGAAACACACACUCUGACCGCAUGGUUGCGACAAAGAGAGAAAGAUGAUCGAGACGCAUCAAUGUGAGUAUUGCCACAAAUAAUAACAAUAAAAACAAAAAAAAAAAAAAAAAACAAAAACUUAGCAUAUUUAAUCUACACAUUUAUCAACCAACAACUAUCAACUGGAAAUAUCGCCCCCACACAAUGUGAGAUCAACGUAGCGCAAAAGCUUUACAUCUUUUCCAGCAUCGGAGCAGUCGACAAAUCUAAUAAACAACAACAAGAACAACAUCAGCAGCCAGAAACAAUUUAAUCGCAUCCGCAUGGACAAUCUACAAGAAUGGGACAAGAACGAGUCGACGCAUCUUUUGAGGCACACGGACGUGGCCGACAGCGCGACUCAGAGCGUAACAGGGAUAAGGAUCGCGACAAGGAUCACAGCAAGAGCGAUCGCCAUCAUCGCACCAAAGAGAGCAACAAGGACAGUGAUUAUAAGCGUGAACGCGAUCGUGAGCGUGAGGAUCGUCGUCAUGGCAAUGGCAGUGGCAGCGGCAGUGGCAGGGACAGGGACAGAGACAGGGAUAGGACGGCAUCACGUCAUCAUCACAAUAAGGAGACACGCUAUAGCGAUAGCUCGCGCUCACAUAACUCAUCCACCACAUCCUCGACGUACAAAUCUCAGUCGCAGCAGCAUUCGCAGCGUCGCUCCUAUGACGAGCGCAGUCGUCGUCGCCGAGAUUCACGUUCCCGCUCUCGUUCGCGUUCUCGCUCACGUACGCCCGUUGGCACGCCCCCGAAACGCAGACGUCAGUCACCGACUCGGACAUCACGCAAAUAUCGUGGACGCGGAUCCCGUGACUCUAGCAGUCGUUCCCGAUCGCCAACUGAUCGGUCAAAUUCAAAUGCAAACGCAAAUGCAAACAGGCCAAAUGAUGUUGAAUCGCAGUCCAGAGGCAUGUCGUCAACUGGAUUGCUGCUCGGCAAAUCAGGAGCGCCAUCGCUGUCGACUGCAGCAGCUGUUUCAGCUGUUGCUGCUCCCACUACCGCUGGGAGUUUAUCUGUUGGCGGAGGAGCAGGAGCUGGUUUGUUGCCCACACCCAACUAUGCACCCAAGAUACCAUCGUUAAUGUCCUUAGAGUUGAGCACGCCGCCAACUGUUGAGACGCAACCGGCAGCUCUACAGCUGCCAAAAUACUACAAUCCUGGAAUUAUCAACGCCAAUCGAUAUGCGGAGCAACAGCAGAAGCGCAAGCUUCUUUGGGGCUCUAAGAAGAGCGAAGACUCGGCCAACAAAUGGGGCAAUGCUCAUUUCUCUCAAGACUCGGAUGGCAAAGUGGCAUCCAAGUUUAUGCGAUUGAUGGGCAUUAAGAAUACCAAUAAUAACAAUAAUAAUAACGACAACAGCAGCAUAAAUAGCAGCAGCAGCAACAACAACAACAGCAACAGCAACACUGAUAACAUGGACGAAUCAGCGACAGAGCCAAGUAGCAGCAAUGGCAGCAGCAGUGUCGCAUCUGUCCCCACAGAUGUCCAGCUUCGUCAACGCAUGUUCUCCAACAUGGAGCAACAAUAUGAGGUGGCUCGUGCCGCCACACACACAAUGCGGGGCGUGGGACUUGGAUUUGGCUCUCAGCCACGUAGCUAUUGAAGAUGAAGAUGAAG